AUGCAGUUGGUGAAUUCAUCGACUUCCACUGCCAACUCCCUUUCGAGUUCAUCCAUAUCCUCUGCAGUGACAGCAUCCUUCUCUCUGCCCCACCACUCCUUGGAGACAGACUCCAAUGCCUCCAGCUCCUCCAACCUUUUCUCCCCCUCCGAUCGUGCUGGACUCGGUGGCGGACAGCACGCAACCACCAAUAAACGAUCCGUGUCUGUUGCCGGCACGGCACCCAUUGUCUCCGGCCUGCUCCUCAUGGGUGGCAAAUCGAAGAGGUCCAGCAAGCACAGCGUUGGCAGCUGUGAGGGUGGACUGUCGAGUUUCAGUGGUUCCGCCUCACCCAGUCAGCAGAACCCAAAUUUGCCCCAGAUCAGGCUGGUUGUUCAGUACCAGUCUGUCGAUGUGCUGCCACUUGCCUACUACGAUGACUUACGAAAGGUAGGCUUUGUUUACUCUUGUCUCAUUGCCUUUCUUAUUCUGUUACGCUGCUGA